CAAUACGAAAAUUGUGCUUCCUUUAAUCCCCAACAGGUUUUAGCAGCAGCGGCAAGGUGCAGCAAUGGCGACGAACGAAGAGAAAGAGAAAGAAGGGAGCAAUCUUCUAGGUUCACCGACAUUCAUCGAGCUCCAAAACGGAAGGUUUAAGUGCGUUGAGACGGGCCAUGAGUUGCUUGGAAGAGACAAGGAAUCGUAUUCGCAGAGCAAACGGUGUCGUUUGGGACUCAUCGACUACGCUUUUUCUCAGAGCAAGCCUCCUCUCAACCUCUUCAAGCAAGACCCUCUCUCCCGUUCAAAAGUGAUAUGUAAACUAACGGGUGACUCGGUCAACAAGAGUGAAGAACAUAUCUGGAAGCAUAUCAAUGGAAGACGGUUCCUCAACAAAUUAGAGCAAAAGGAAAUGGAGAAAGAAGCAGGUGGAACAUUGGUUGAGGAAGGCAAAGAGAAGGCCCAUAAAGAGCCAAAUCCAAGUCCAAAAAGCUUGAAGAAGAAAAAGAAGAAAGAAAAAAAGGUUGAAGAAAUCAUUUCUGAAGUAAGAGAUAAAGCUAGUGAUUCAGAAGAACCUGAAUUUUGGAUGCCUCCAUUGGGAGAUCGAUGGGACUUUGAUAAUGGAGAUAAUCGAUGGGGUUCUGAUUCCAAGUCAGGGCAGGAAGAUGGCGAUGAAAAUGGAACAGUUGAAGAAGAUGGCAGCCUAGAGUCAGAAGCGCUUUCUGCAAGGACAAAGAGAAUGUCGAUAGAAAUUGGACCCAGUAGCUUUGCCUCGAGGAAGAAAAAGAGUAAGAAGAAUUCUACAAGUUAAUCCGCUCACAUCAAAGAGUUUAUAGGUCCAGCAUUUCACCCGAUUGUCUUCUUCAUUCUAGGUUAUUUCCAGAGUAGAAAAAAGGGAUAGAAUAUAUAAGAUAUUCUGAUUUUGGUGUUUCUCCUUGUGAAUUGACUUUGUUCAAAUUUUUUAUAUAAAGACAAAUAUGAAA